CUAGAUGACCUAUAUUUCCAAUUGAUCAACCAUGUCAUACGACUAUCUGUUCAAAUACAUAAUCAUCGGAGACACAGGUGUGGGAAAAACGUGCCUUCUUCUACAAUUUACUGACAAGAGAUUCCAACCAGUCCACGAUCUAACCAUUGGUGCCGGGUUCGGUGAUCGAAUGGUCACCGUCGAUGGUCGGUCUAUAAAACUUCAAAUUUGGGACACCGCUGGACAAGAGACAUUUAGAUCCAUCACCAGAUCAUUUUAUAGAGGAGCCGCCGGAGCGUUACUGGUUUACGACAUCAGCAGGAGAGAGACGUUUAACCAUGUGGCGAGUUGGUUGGAGGAUGUUCGGCAUUAUGCCAGUACUCAUAACAUGAGUAUCAUUCUUAUCGGAAACAAAUGCGUUCUUGUUCGCAAGAGAGCUAUUAGUAAAGAGGAAGGAGAAGAGUUUGCCAAACAACAUGGCCUUUUGUUUUUGGAAACGUCUGCAAGAACAUCUCAAAACGUUGAGGAGGCUUUCAUAAAGACUGCUGCGAAUAUUCUCGAAAAGAUUGAGAACGGUGUCUUUGAUGUAUCCAAUGAGUCACCCGGGAUCAAGGUUGGAUAUUCACAUCCUCAUGGUGAAGCUGGAGGAAGAUAUGGUACCAUCUCCCAGGGUGGUGGCUGUUGUGGUUGAAGCCCCAAAAUAUAUAUUCUUUCUUUGUUUUUUUACUAGAAGUUGGUGAAUUUUGUGCCAUC